GUAUAACAUGUCUAAUUUUGCUUUUGGAAUAGCGUAACCAAAAUUUUCUUAUCAUCGCAUUCACUAACGCAUUCACUCUGUGGUAGCAGUAAAAGACCCUGCACCUAACAAAAUGUUGUCAAUGAUUAUUCGUAAUUGGAAAAUACUAUUAUUAUUCAGGACUUCUGGUCAUAGCUAAGCCAUAUGUUUGCUGAUAGACCUAUCAGACAUAGUUUUCUGGAGCAAAACAGAAGCGGAUUGAACUGUAUCGUUGAUUUGCUGUCUCCAUCUACUGAACACAAAUAAAAUUUCUACAUUGCUAUACUGCUCAAAAUAUUUAGGUUAUACGCAUUAUUUUUGAAAUUGAGGGUCUUUAAAUAGGUUAGUGGUAUUAUAUAAUGUGGAUAUUUCACACUGUAAUGUAAGCGUUAGUAGUGUAAUAGUUUUUUGUGAUGCAUGCAACAGUGAUGACAAGAGUGUUGGAACAUUGCCAAAACGUGGUGGACGGUUGAAAAUUUUUUUUAUAUUGUCUCAUCCCCAUACAAGAAACCAUACGAGAGUACAGAGUAUUGAAAUACAUUCAAGAGUUCAUUAUUACACAUUUAGGUACUGUACAGCAUUGUGUGACAAUAUUUUUGCAUUAUUUUUAAAUCUGAUAUCAAUGUUUCAUCUUAAACCUUCAUAAGGGGCUCAUUUAUAUGCUUUACAAUGGACAUUAUAUUCCUUUUUGAAGAGAUUUUGGAGAAGUUUCUGGACCCCUAGCUAUUUUACACCACUGUACUGACAGAAGGCUUUGAAUUACCACUUGAAAAUUAUGCAACAGUGAGUUUAUUGAGUAAAAACAGUUGAUUUGUAGUGAAAUUUGUGAAUUUGUUGUGAUUUACAGCAAUGCAUAAUUUAGACAUUUUGGGUAGAUUUGGAGAAUCUGGGUACACUGCGUAGUUUUUGGUUUAUAGAUCUUUAGUAGUUCUACAUACCCACUCUUAGAUUUUAUGAACUUGUGUUCAAGAAGUUUUUGAUCCAGGACAUGCAUACUUUGACCUGCUGUAUAUAUGCAAUCUCCCAGUAUUUCAUUGCGAACUAAAAAAGAGCAAAUUCAUUUUAGAUUUUUUGCCUAGACGAUUGCAUUUGUGGCACUUUUUUUCUUCCAAAAUUAUGAAUAUAAAGUAAUCUAAGCUAGUAUUGUAAAUGGUACAAAUGUCUUUCUUCAUUUAAGCCAUUUUUAAAGUCUCUGUGGUGUCCACAUCUGGAGUUAUAAAGCUUUAAAUAGGGUACCCCCUAAAAGGGCAAGGGUUGGCCAGAUUUGGCAUGUGUUCUAAGGGGUUAAUCUUCCUUGAUUCCCUCUUACUCAUUACACGGCUUUAGUGUUUUUAGGGAGUGGCACAGUUGGUAUACAUAUUCAGGGGAGAUGGGUGGUGUGUGAUUGAUUGUGGUGGGCCGGUCUGGGCCAAAAUGCCAGGGCUGAUUUUUUGUCCCAGUCCAGCCCUGAAUAUAGGUAUCACUAGGGGGCGACUUCAUAUCCAGUGGCAAAACUGAGAGCUUGGCUGCGUCCGAAUAGUGAAUAAAUUACGUCCUAUGUCUUUUCCUAACCACUUUUCCUUGACCUCGAUGGAAAAUGUCAUGAGGUAAAUGAAAACGAGUCAAUACUGUAUUAAGAUGACAAGCUCAUAUUUUAUUACUACACAUUGUUUACAUACAUAAUAUAAAGCAGACUGUAUAUUUCCAUGUGAAUAAUAAGUUAAUAUUGAUGAAAUAUUUUGCUUUCUUUCAUGCGCUGUGCAUGCUUUCAGAAAAAAGCAGGUAGAAAAAGCAGGUAAAUCCAAGCCUAGUGAAUUAUAUUUGCUGUUAUCAUAGCUAUUUAUGUGGGCUAUUUUGUUUGAGAUCAGUGGACUGUUAGCUAAAGGACUUCAUCAUAGGGUAAAAUGUCUAGCAACCACAGCGAGGUUAUUUACUGCUUCAGAAAGCACCUGGUUAUGUUAGCCUUACGUCUACUAAUUUCAGAAGUUGGGUGUCUAUCUCAAAACAGUACCUAGUCAGCUAGCUAGCAACAAUAACCAAGAAUGCCUGAUAGAGUGCAUGAUGCUUUUUGACUGUAACGUUGGUGAAUUAUGGCAAAGCUACGCAGAUGGUAAGCUUGCAAGUAAGAUUUAGAAUUUUACUCAAGUUAUCAGUUAGGUAGCCACUAGCCAGAUAGCUAACUAGCUUUCCGAGCAUGAUAGUUAAUCGGUUAGCUAGCUUCAAAUACAAAUACAAGUCUUUCUAGCUAGCUUACAGCCAGCUUUUCCAUAAGUAAUAUGAGCUAAUCAAAUGUUACAGUCAAGUGUGGCUGAAUACUUCUAUAAAAAUAUCAAUUAUUUUAAUUUGCAAAAAUGUUGGAAGCCACAUAAAAAAUAUUCUUUUCACAAUGAGUAACCUGUUUUUUCCCUGUAAAAUCCUGUGCGAGCUUCUUGGAAACAUCGAUAGUCAAUUCCACAGAACUUCAGCAGUGAAUUCUGAACUCACCCCUGCGCCUCAUGUCAUUGCUCUACAUUUUACCGGUUUACUGUGAUCCUUCACAUUUAGGUACCCACUGUGCAUGCUGUGGUGCAAAGAAGCGCCAUAGUCAGACAUGGCAACCUCCGUGAACUGGAUUAAUAUGCCAAUGAGCAGCUCCCAUAUGAAUCAAUGGCACUGGCAUGCAAUAGUGUGAGCUGCUGAGAGACCAGGUUUAAUUCAGCUUGGGCUGAGUCUGCACUGAGAGAGAGAAGAGAGGGGGCGAGUGAGAGACCAACCAAGAGAGGCUGAGUGACAACUUUUCUCUUUCUAUCACAAGGCAAGUAAAAAGGAUAAGUGAGUAGAGAGAAAAAGAAAGAGAAGGAUAAAACUACAUAGAAAGAGAGAGAAAUAGGGUGAGAGGGAGGCAGGGACACAGAGAUGUGCAGGGGGAACCAAAGGAUUUAGAGUUAGAAAAGAGUGAAGAAAGAAAAAGACAGGAGAGUGGAAGAGUGCUGCUGUACAGGCAAGACACAGAAGGUUAAUGGAUAUUACCGCAGGCAGACUGAGACAGACACAGUUGAUGAGGCGCACACACAGCAGGUGAGGGGCACAGAUUUGGGGGGUGGGGGGAGCAGACAGACACAGCAGGUGAGGGGCACCGCAGAGCAGGUAACGGGCACAGGCUCGAGGGGUUAGGGGCACAGAAUCUGGGGUGAAAGGUGUUAGCCGCCCAUCCUGUCCAGUCAGUUCCAAAUGUCUCAAACAAACUCAGGCACAGACACACAGUCUCUGCUUCUCUCCAUGCUGCAGAGGAUGCAGAUCACCCCCUCUUUGUCCCCUGCCUUCUCCACAGAGAAUGAUCAGGGCAGACAGCAGUCGCUGCAGCAAUGGACAGGCACAGAGGGAGGUGACGGGGGUCAGCUUCGUCCCAAUCCAAAAUGGGACAGGGGUAGAUCUGAUGACAUAGGGGCAUUUCACCCCACCCUAGCUGUGGAGGGUCAGAAAAACACAAAUGGGGAUUCUGAGGAUAAUUCUGAGAUUUUUGGUAAUCUGGGCAGUUCUGUCCCCCUGGAUGCGGACUGGGACCCCAUCAGUGGCAUUCCUGGCUGGGACAAGAGACAGACCCUCCCUACUCCUGCCCCUCUGGAUGCACUUAUCCAAGAUUGCCAAACGGGCAAGGAAAAUCAGACACCGGAGACCCUCCCCACACAGUGCCCUGUCCUGACCCCUCUCUGCGCACAUUCUGGGAACAGUGUCCCAUCUACGAUGUGGGAUCACAGUCCCAAAAGGGACGGUCAGCACAAACUUCUCCAUUUGGUGGAUGACAAGGCCAGAUGGGACAUGGGGUGGUCACUGGACACUUCAGGUAUUUGGAGAGACCCCAUGCAGAUGUCUCCUUGGGUGAGGGGUAUGGGACCCCCUCCUGGUUCAGAACAGGGAAGGAUCAGUGAGGGGGGAGAGAUUACCUUCCCCCGCCCAUGCAUGAAUAUUCCAGAACAGGACUGUACUGGUGCCAGCAACCCAGCUGGACCUCUGGAAAGAAGAGGGGCAGAUACCUUCCAAGACAAGAGGACAGUCGGUGACCCCAUUGAUUUGCCUUCAGCUCUGAAACAGAGCAGAAAUCCUAAAGCCGCCACCAACUUUACAAACCCCGUUGAUACCUCUGGAGGCUCUGAUUCAGGAACUUGGAACAUGGUCAACGUGGGUGAUGAUGAUUCUAUUAUCUCAGCACAGACUCUCGGCCGGGACAUGGCGGCCGGACUCCCCCCACUGGGCCAAGAUUCUAGGUUGGGUAAGGGAAGAGCCUGUGGUCUUGAGGUGGAUUAUGGUGGCACUCCAGGCAUUGUGGAAUGGGAUAAUACCCUGGAAACUCUCACACCUCAUCAGAAUGUGUGGGAAAAUACAUUCUCCAGGAAGAAGAGGAGAGAAACAGAGUGGAAAACAACCACAUGGACUGAGAGAAUAAAGGAGAGAUGGAGGGACAGGCAUAAGAAUUUGGGGAAAAGAGGUGUGGGCCAGAGGAGUGGGGCAGGUGUAAAAGAUGAGAGGAAAAGAGAUGUGGAGAAAGAGGACCCACAGUUCCGUCAUUUAACCUGGCAUCGGAUUAUGGAUAAAAAUUCAAGUGACACACCUACUAAGGAGGAGCAGUUUACAUUUCAGCCACCAAGUAGAGAUUGGCCAAACAAAGCCCUUCCCACUCAGUCAGAAGGGAGUACUAAAGGAUGUCACAUGAGUUUUGCUCCAACCAACUUCAUAGAAGAGAUCUUUGCAGGGGAGAAUUGGUCUAAUUUUCUGUCUGUCAGAAGAAGCCCCAUACGCAUGGAGACCACAAGUCAAUCAGCAAUAGGGGGAGAUUGCUACACUCAGCUCAACCAGAAAAAAGACCAACCAGAGAGAGAAAUGCAAAGAAUUCUAUUGGAGUGCAGGAGUGUAGAUAGCCAAUGGGAUUUCACACCAGGAGACACCAACUGUACCUUGGACAGAAACACCCAGAAGAUGUAUGCAAAUUCUCAUCCAGCAACCAACAAGGAGGCUGUUGAACACAUUCUCAUUCAGCCCAGGGCUAGUUCUGGCUCAUGGAGGUCUUACCAGGUACAGGCCACAGACCAAUCACAUGAGAGUAUUCCAGAGUCUUCUUCCAACAUCUUUACAAAGCCAGUGGAGGUUCUGGAAAAUUCUGCCCAAAUGAGCCGGGUCAAUUCGAACAGGAAGAGAGAUCACUCCUCAGGCACAAGAAACGACAGAGAGUCAAUGCUGCGGGGUGAAGGAGAAAGGGUGGCGCUAGGAGGAAGGGCGGAGCCCAGAGAAGGGAAUUCCACAGUUAAUACCGGCUUGCAGGCAGCAGAGGGCACAAACAGGACAGGAGUGAGUACGAUACCUCUGUAUAUUUGUCAAGACUCAUCGCUGCCCCUCUCGCCACGAUCUGCCUUGCGGUCCUCUGCAGUGCAUGACUCUGAGUCAUCCACAUCCAGUGAAACAGUCAUUAAGAAGAGGAAGAUCGGAGACGGCAGGGCAGACACACGCCGCGUUCGGUUUGCCGAGCAGCCAGUGUUUUUGCCUGAUCUUCAGCCAUUUGAGUUUAACACUCCUGAAAUUGCGGAGCAGCCCUCUCUACAUACCUGGAUCUUGGCCCUGAAAGAAAAGACAAAACGGAAACCCCGACACUAACUAUGGAGCAAAGACCUUUGUAAUGUAGUCAAUUCAAAUUCCCCAACCCUACCUCCUUUUUUCUGUGACUAGGAGCUGAAACUCACUGGGAUCCUGGUAAAGAAGAGCAUUCCAGUAUGGCCAUUUAAUUUUUUCAUCUGUAGUCUGUGUCCUUCUGUGGUUUACUCACUGGAUUCUAGGAGUCAAGUAAUUGUGCUAUUGACACUUCUAUGAGGCUAAAAUAUUAAAUAUGUUUUUAUCUGCAUCUUCUCUAAAAGCACAAUAACAUUUUUUUAAAUAUGCAGAACAAAAUUAAUUUUCUGCAACUCAUAUCGCCCUUAGCUUCCAUUGCAACAAAAAAAUAAAUAAAUAAAUAAAAAACAACCCCUUCAAAUACACCUACAAGUGUUUCCAAAAGCUAGAUGUUUGAGCAAAGAUGGGGCGAUGUGGUUUUCAGUGAGAAAGGCACUUUUGAGAACCGAAGGUGGAAAAUUCAGGUUCAGAAAGUAAACGUCCUCCCCUGUAUUUUGUUUCGAUCAUCUUGAUUUGCUAAUUAUCACAAUUCUUCAGCCAGGAGGAAUUAUGCUAAUUAGUGAAAUCAGCUGGCUGAGUUCAUGGUAGGAGGAACACCUGACAGGACUUUUACUUUUUGACGCCUGGGCUUUCUACCUCUGUCGAGAACAUACUAGAUCAUCCUGCUGUUAAAUGUAUGACAAUAUCCACUGUGCACAUCAACCUAAAGCUCACUUUGACCAGGUGUUCCUCCUGUGCUGUCUACACAGUAGACAAAGAUAUCCGAUGUUUUAAACUGUUUAAAGCUGUGGGGCCUGCAGGGUAAUUUGAACCAAAUGACAAAAAUACACAUUGGAUUUACAUUGAUCAGCAACUCCAAUGAAUAUCAAUCCAAUUUUGAACUUACAUCUUAUACCAAGAGGAUAAAUUUAGGAUCUUGAGAUGACCUGUGGAUGUCUCACAUAAACUAAUUAUUGCCUUGGUUAAGUAUUGGAAGGUGGACGGAAGAAUUUAGUUGCGCUAAUAUUUAUUGUAAAAUUUCCAUGCUGGUGGAUAUAGAUACCCAAGCCAAUGAAUUACAUUUCCCCUUUCUUUUUGGUUGAUGAUUCACUCCUUGUGGGGAUCUGAAAGGGGAUGGUAGUUUCAACUUUAAAAAAAUAUUAUUAUUGACUUUACUCAUGCUGAGGUCUGCACUGGUGUGAUACGAAUGUGGUUGUCAUUGUUUAUUUUGUGUGAACAAAAUGUCUUUUAAGUGAAUCAUAAGGAACCUGUUGAAACCACAAAUUUGGUGCUGUGUUGCAUUAAGAAUUUUAUUAAGGGUUUUAAAAAAAAGGUGUAAUACAGAAAAACACAAGCAUACAAGCCUGUACUGAUGAACAGAGUGCCUUCAUUAUCAUACACUAAUUUACUUGUGUUCUGAUAAAAAUAACUUCUUGCAAUAAUAUGCCAACUCACAAUAAUAGCACAAAAAAUGGUUGUCCUUCAUAAUGUCGUUAUGUCACUUGUAACAGAAGCCGGAUGAAAUAAGCUACAUAUAA